AUGAAACCACUGGUAAAGUUAUGUGAAGAAACAAAUCAAUUAGUGAAAGAAAUAUUGCAACAGAUAACAGAACAAACACGUUUAAUCAAUGAAUCGAUUAAUGGUCCACGUGAAUUACAAAAAUUGAUUGAAAAAUUAUCUCAUAUUCUCCAUUUACAAGCUAAAGUAUUGCAAACACAGCAAACGAAUGAUGAUGAAGAUAUCGUAAUGACAUUAAAUGGAAUCAAUUUGGAUCACAUCGAACGUGGUUCUUCAUUGAAUGCAACAGCUAGAUCUGUAGUUCGUGCUGCCUACGGUGAAAAAGCAUCUUUCAAAGAUUUGGCUGAUGGUGAAUUUGAUCUUCUUUUGAGUUUUAUUGCUCGAAUUCAUCGAAUGAGUGUUGCAUCUGUCUUUGCAGACAGUCAAUCAAUUAAGAACUCGUUACAACAAAUGAAACACGACGUCAACAAGAAAAAAUCGUCGAGUAAGUCAUCCAUUACAGUAUCAAAACGAGCAACUUCGG